ACCGCCCCUUCCGCCGCGCCGCGUUUCGGUUUCGGUUUCGGCCGCCGCCGCGAUGCAGGAGCUGCUGCGGGACUACGUGCGGUACUACCGGCGGCGGGCGGCCGAGGGGCGGCUGGCGCCGUGCGAGGAGGCGGCGCUGAAGGCGCGGGCGCGGCGGGCGCUGGGGCUGCGGGGCGGUGCCGCGGGGCUGAGGGGCCGCGCCCCACCCGGGCUGCUCGGGGCCCUGCGGCGGCUGGAGCUGCUCUGCAUCAAUCUCCUCAUCCAGCCCUGGCGCCCCGAGAUCCGCACCUUGAAGACAUUCACCGGUAACUUUGUCUACUAUAUUCAAUCUGUGCUCCCAGAUGACAUUAUAAAAACAGUGCUGGAGAAAAUAGGUUACGUUGCAACAACAGCAACAGAGUUUUCACUUGUCAAAAAAAUAAACAAUGAGGAGACAAAGCAGAUUGCAUUUGAAAUAUUCCUGGCAAGAAUUGAGUGUGAAGCCAUCCUCGAAAUGACAGAUGAAGAAAACCGUGGCAAUUUGGAGAAGGCCGUACAGGAGAGAACACAAAUGCACCAGCAUCAUGGAGAUAAGGACAAAGAGGAUCAGACACCCCAGAGAGAAGACGCUGGAAAUCUAGAAAAUGAAGAAAACUGUGAGACGUCUUUGUGCCUUGCUACUCAACAGAAGUGCUCAACUAAUAGCGAUGUGUCCUUUGAAGCUGCUGGGAACCAGAAGAUCAAAGAUGACAUGCCUCAGUCAGAAGCUGCUCAAUCCUCUCACAGGCUUGGGGAACACCAAAGGCAAGUCAUUAACACUGUACAUUUUCCAGGCAAAUGCUCAGACAGCGAGGACUUCUUGAUGAAAUAUAGUGACAUUGUCAUAAGACAAACACCUAUUUUCGGUGAGAAUCUUUCUCCAAAAGCUUUUGAAAAAAAGCCAAGAGCUGGUCUAAGUGAAAAGUAUGUUUUGGCAGUCACUGCAGAGUCAACUGCAAAUGAGAUCAUACCGGUACCGCUCUCACCAGGAGCGAGCGGCCCUCCAGCCUUUGCAAUAUUUGCUGAUGGCUCUGGUGACACCAAAACUGCUUUGGAGUACAAAGCUCAAGAAGUCCCCGAAGAAUCAAUUGAAGCAGAAAUUAACGAUGCAAUAAAUUGCAUAGACCCAGAUCCUGCAGAUGAACCCACCGAGCUGACGUCUCUGCCCUACAAGGACGUUGCAUCUCUCCAAAACUGCAGUGUCCCUAGAGAGGAGGAAGUUUGUGAGCUGUCUUUAACCUUCACUGAACUCCAAAUCAAGGACGCUCAGGAAGACCUGAUGUAUCCAGUAGAGGAAACUGGGCAGCCUGAGUCAGUUCCAUAUGCAAGUACAUGUGAUGGGAAUGUAGGAGAAUUUAAUCAUUCCAAAAUAAACCAGACACAUCUGACUAAUGCUCAGAUGCAGAACAGAGCAGCUGCGCAUACUGAGCCAUCUUCAGAUCUAUGCUGCACUGCUGGGAACAUGGGGGAUCCCACUGCUCCUUCUGACAGCAAGAGACUAUUGAUGGACACCCCUAGCGCACACACAGCUUCAGAGUGCUUCAGGCACAUCAGAGAGCCGCCCAACCUCACCUACAUCCCACCGCAGAGUAUCCACGUUCACUCCACACACCUAAGAAGGACCAGCACACAGCACAGAAGGAAACUCUUUCCUCCUGAACAAGACUCUUCCGAAUCCAGUGAAGUGGAGAACUGUAAUUCAAAAGUAAAUGAAAUCCAGGAGCCUUAUGUUAUUGUUGACAAAACUGACUAAGAGUCAUUCUUGUGCCAUCACAGCUGAUUCUACCCAGGCUUUAUUUGUAAUGUGCCUGCCUAUUUCUCCUCUUGCGUGUGGACUUCAUCAUCUUUUCAAGGAGAUGAUUAGUUUUGUCAGAACAGUUUCAGAUAAAACCAAAACCACCACCACUUUUGGACACUGAACAAGAGAAGUAGCUGAGCAAAUUCUUAAAUGGCCCCUUCUUAUCUACAACCUUUGGCACCGAAAUGGUCACCAUUCUAAAGCACUGACAGCUUCCAUAAAUUUAAAUCCAUUUGAUUCACCAGACAGAUUCAUUCUGGCUGUACUUAAUACCGGACAGGUUUCUUCAGUUAGGCGUAAUUCUACUUCUCCCUUCCCUUUUUGCUUCUACUACUUCUUCUUUCUGCAUACUUCUAAUUCUCCCUCCGCCCUUCCUUCUUCCCCUUUAUUUUUCGCUUUACAGACCUACUUCUGGAGUUUUCUUCAAGUAAAGCAUGCUGUACAGUGAUAGAAACAGGUACAUGGUUCGACACUGGAAGAAGCUGUGCUCUGAGCUAAUCUUGCUCCCAUUUUUAGUUGAAAGCAAGUUUAGACAGUUUGAUAACAUUCCUUUAGGUUUGAAGAAGAAACCAGCCCUAUGAACGCUUUAUUUUUGCAUUAUGAAUAAUGAUUUAGAUCUUGUAGAUGCAAUAACCUGCAUUACAGGUUUUAUACCUGUCUCCAGUUGUUACCAAAAUUCUUUUGUGGCAACAGCAACAAAUUUCAGAAGCACUGAGCAUUGUAAUUGUUCACUGCUACCAGAAAGGGAGAUCAGCUACUGUUGCCAUUCCUCUUGCCCGUGUUCCUGCCACUUAUGUCACUACCAGCUCUGGAGUUCACUGGAUUUCCCCAUCAGCCAGUUCAUCGCACUGAAAUGAAGGGAGAAAAACUGCCAUUCCCUGCCAUUCUAGUGGCAGGAAAAAAAUCACAUCAGAGAAGGGUCCCGGUGAGCAUCAGAGCCAGGAUAAGGGAUAUCCUGUAGGUGGGAGUGCUGAGAAGGAAGGGGGACAGGAUUGUUAAAACGGCUGUAAUCUGGAGCCCCAGCAAUGAAAAACUCAUACACAACGUUUGAUUUAAUUCAGAAAAGCAUACAGAAGCUGGUACUGUAUUUCAGCACAAUUUUCAAUGCUUCUCUAUACAAUUACCUGGAAAGACAGUUUAAUACUCCUUCAAGUAGCUUUUCCAGUAUCAUUGAGGUGGUCUGUUUGGCAUUUGUGGCUAAAACUGCUGAUAAGUCACCAGGGUUUUGGCUAUUGCUCAGCUGCAUUGGCACAGCUUUCUCUUUCCCCCUCCUCCCCUAUGAGCAACUUGGAGACAGUAACUGGGACAGCUGACCUGAACUGGCCAAAGGACACCAGCUUGCUAACUGCACCACAGCUCCAUCAAGUCACGGGAAUGCUGGUGGAGACAAUAAUGAUAUUCUAAUUAAUAGAUACGUUUGUUUCUGAACAAUGCCCAUCAAAUAAACAGUUAAACUGCGUGAAAUGUAUUAAAUAUAAAAUGACCAGGUUCUGAGAGUCUACUGUUUGUUCAAGUCUGAGUACCUGGACUGAAGAGGAAUUUUGUCUUUGUGUCACACUGGCCAGGACCAGUAAGUGUUCUGUCUGCCUUUGUAGGAACAGCUAUAAUGCACUUAAAAGUCAUCCAGAUGUUUUCAUCCGAGUUUCUUAUUGCUGCAUAAUCACCUUUAACUUCUCUUCCUGUACAAAUGUUGAAGUUUUGAGGUCUUGUGCUAGAAACUACCUUAGUAUUAGCAAAUUUUGGGGGUCUCGAGAGAACUGCUUUACAGUUUGAUGCUUCUGAAGAGCCAGGAUUUGAAAACCAGUUGAAAUAAAAUAUAAGUCGUAUUUAAUAGGUCUUAGGCAGCAGCCCUUUGUGCAGCUGCUUCCCCGUGAGUAACGCAAAACUGGGUUCAAAAACCUAGUUGUAAAUAGAGCCAUACCUGAGAAGAGGGACAGACAAACGAGACCAUCAGCUUUCUGACCCCGUCUGCCAGUGCCCUGUUGGUAGUAACAACUGCACCUCUCCUUGGCUAAUUAACUUAAGUAAGAGCAACCACUCAAGCAGCGCUGCUAGCCCUCCAAGGAAGGUGCUGCAUGUUUGUAGUCUAUGCCUGGCCUCUAGAGAGCUGUCAGCCUUAAUUGUGCUACAGCUGGUCCUGAUUGUCUGUGAAUUGAAUGGGGAGUUACUGACUGAUUGGAUGUCUUUCCAUCAUAGAGACAUAAGGCCAAUUCUGUUCCCAGAUUUAUAUGCUGCACACAGCCACUCUGAAUGGCUCAGCUCUCCCCAGCCUUGGAUUAGAGAAAUUCUCUUUUGAUCAGUGCAGACAGAGCUCAGGCAGCAGUCGUGGUAGCUGGGCAAUAUUCACUCGCACGACCUUUCCCCACUGGGUCUCUUAACAUUCUUCUCACACACACUCCCUCACCCUGUCUGGAGCGGAAGUGCUCAAGAAGCAUUGCUUGGGUUUUGUUGUUGUUUUUGAAUCCAAGAAUGAAAACUAAAACUCAAUGUUAAGACCCAAACAAAAAACCCCAAAACACACAAAUGGAAAGCAUGCAGACUAAAUGGGGGGAGGAAAAAAAGCCAAUUUGCUUCAGAAUUAUAAAUGACACCCUUAAAAAGACAAGCCCCUGAGAGAAUCAAAGCAUACUUGAGAGGGACUGGCAAAGGUUUGCAAAGCACUGAUGAAGGUGCCGGUCUCUAUGGUUCAGCACCAUCUCGCCACAAAAAGGCAAUUUCUGAAACAGCGCUUUAUCACUUUUUCCCUCCCUUGUUUCUAAGCACUGGGAGGAUGCCCCACACCACAGCUGAAGGUCCUACCCCUUGGAAAUUAAUUGGCAUAGCUCUCCAAGAUAGCCAAUGAAAUCCCACAAGGCUCAUUUCACAGCGUUAUGUAGUUUCACAGACAUAAAUAGAACAAAAUAUUUAUUAGAAUAAUGCUGAUUGCCCUUUUUCCCCCUCCUCAUAUCAACUGAGAGAUUUCAGGAAACAAAAGCAAAUUCUAGGCUUAAAACCAGCUAUUUUUAUCUCCACAUCUACAGCACACUGCAAACAUUUUUAUGACACAUGAGAAGCAGCCCAUUUGGCUUUGUUCCUAGUUUUCAUUAAAUACCCAAAAUAUUCUGUAUGAAAAUUUAUACAUAAAAAUUAACAGCAAAAAAUAAAAGUUCCCUGUAACCACUGUAUCUGUAUUUUUUUAAUAAAUUAUAUAAAUUAUUCCUUUCUAGUUCAUUGUAACUAUGUGUAUCAACAACCCACACCCAAACUAUUGUUCUGAUAUAAUGACGAAAUAAAAAAAUCUGACCCAAAAGCAAACAUUGCUUCCAAAAGCUGAAAGAGAACAGUGAUCCUUUGUGCUGUAAGAUCCUCUGUAGAAAACAAUUCAGUGCCCUUUGUGUGCAAAACAUACAGCCUUGGCUUCUACAACCCAUGACGAAAUUAGAAUUAAGAACAAACUGCAGAGGACUGAACUUCACAUUUAUAGAGCUAUUCUCCAAGAAACAGUUCUUUUGGUCUCUUACAGAAGAAAAAAUUUUGAAAGUUUAACAGCAAGUUUUAAGAGUGACUACUGUCCCCCUACAAAUAGGCUUCACUAAGGAAUAUAAUUACUUAGCACAGAAGAUCCUAUUUUUCAAGCCAGGAUUCUAAAGUUUUACAACAGAACGAUAGAACUGGGUUCACAAGCUUUACUCUGCUAACACAGUAUGUCACUAGGAAAUGCUCUCUCAGUGCUCUGCUCAGUAAAAAAAAAAAAAAACCAGCAGAUGGAAAUAGCUAGAAAGGAACUGCAUCUCCUGACUUGGAAAAUGGCACAGUCAUCUCACUACCAUGAUUUUCAGGCAUACCACAAAACGUAAAAUAAGAGCAGCGACGUGAUCUCCAAAAGCAAUACUGUCAGAUAUCGUUCAAAACCAGGUGAAACAUGGAAAAGCCAAGUAACCAAAAACUUACAUCCUCCAACAAGUUACAGACAAAUGUCUGUAACACGUGAUCAAAGUGCUACCUCAGUCCUGGACACCGGCCGUUUGUAGGAGCAAACUGAUGACAGAUACUCAGCUACAUUAAUAUCAGUGUGUUUUAAAGCACUGUUAACCUUGCUUGCUCCAUUAAACCAACCAAAACUAUCAUGAAAAAAAACCUACAUACCAUAGUUCCGAGAUUGUUCCCCUCAAAGAGAAAAACUAACGUGCCAGCAGAACUGCUGCAUUAAAAGGAUUAUCUUAAAGACAACACUCAAGAGCGUAGAGCAGAAAUUGUGAGCAACUCAACGCUUUAGCUAACAAGUGCAAGAACAAAACCCCCACUACCUUCCUCUACUCUCUAAGUACCUGUAAAUCACAGUAAAAUGAUCAAGAUAUAAACCCAAAGAAACGUGUGUCUUCAUUAAAAAAACCGUACAAUCAAAGAAUCCAAAACAGUUAAGAAAUAAAUUAAUUCUAUUCUUUUUAUAACUAUUUGAAAGGAAUAACAAGUACUGUUUGGUGCACUCUGUAUUUUCACUAGUCCUGAACUCGGCCGUGGUCUGGUCACUGAUUUCAUGAACAUUAGAGAGAAAUAAACCCUUUUAAAAACCUGACUUAAAAAAAAA